ACACUCAUUGAGAUCUGUGUGUGUGUGUAAUUUGUGCCACUCCAAAUGUCUGUGCCUAGUUAGUAAAGUUUGGAAGUGAAAUCUGCCCGCCACCAUGCACUCGGUGUCAUCGGAGAGCUACUUCCUGGAGGAAGUGGACUCGCACAUCCAGGCCAAUUUGGGCGACUCGGUGGUGCAAGAGGCCUUGAAGAAUGGGGUGGAUCUGCGGGAGUACUCGACCCAAGUGGAGGAUCAACUCAAAGCCGAGGAGAAUCUCUCCAUUCAGGACUACAUCCAACAAAGCCAGAACAUUGCCUCGCUCCACAAUCAGAUUGUCAGUUGCGACGAAAUCUUGGAACGUUGCCAAAACAUGUUGUUGAGCUUUCAAACAGAUUUGGGGAGUAUCAGUUCGGAAAUCAUGGCCUUGCAACAACAGUCCGUGCAAAUGAACCUCAAGCUCCAAAACCGACAGGCUGUGCGGGGCGAGUUAUCCCAAUUUGUGGGGGACAUGGUCAUUCCGGAGCAGAUGAUCACGGUCAUCCUCGACAGUCCGGUCACGGAUCAGUUGUUUCUGGAUCAAUUGGUGGCCUUGGAACAGAAGAUCACAUUCUUAAAGGAACAGAGCUUCCGUGAAGCUCGAUCAUGCACAGAUGUGCGGGAUGUGGUGGAAAAGCUCAAGAUCAAGGCUAUGUCCAAGAUCCGCGAGUUCCUUUUGGAUCGCAUCAGCCAGUUCCGCAAGCCCAUGGCCAACUAUCACAUUCCGCAGAAUACGAUGCUCAAGUUCAGCUUCUAUUUCAAGUUCCUCAUGGCUAAUGACCGCGAGAUUGCGGCCGAGGUGCGCGAUGAUUACUGCGAUACCAUGAGCAAAGUGCUUUUUUCCUACUUCAAGUCGUAUUCGGGGCGAUUGGCCAAAUUGCAAUUUGACGAGAUCGCCACACGGGAGGAUCUCGUGGGCGCUAUUGUGGAGACCAGUCAACGGGGCGUGGCGGGGUUCUUCGGCAAGACCACCAUGAAGGCCAAGGCUAGUGUGUUUAGCAUUGGUGAACGUGGACAAGUCAUUGACGAAGCCUUGGAAGCGCCCAUCAUCGUGCCACAUCACGUCCAACAAAAAGCCGAAUCCAAGUUCUCGUACGAGGUGUUGUUCCGGAGUGAGCAGUUUUGCUUCUUGGAAAACGCUUGCCGAGAAUACGUGUUCAUCACACAAUUUUUCAUGGUCGAAGGCAACGAGCUGAAUGAUCUCUUUCAUCUGAUAUUGGGCAAGACCGAGUCAUUACUCAAGAAAGCCGUGGAUUUAUCCGUGCAGGAGAGCUACGACGCCAUCUCCUUGUUCUUAUGCCUCCACUUGCUUUUUGCAUUCCGAAAGCAUUGUCAAAUGCGGAAAAUUGCCACGCUGGACAAAUAUUGGGACAACCUACAGAGCACUCUUUGGCAUCGAUUCCGACAUGUGAUGCAGCUCAACAUCCAAAGCAUCCGCGACUGUGAUCCCUUGAAACUCAAGACCGUAGACCAAAGACCCCAUCUCAUCUGUCGGCGCUAUGCCGAGCUCAGUGCGGGCUUCAUGAGCAUCCAAGAGAGCGAUCCCAACGAGAACAUCUCUCGACUUCUCUCGGAUCUCCAACAGGAAGUGGAAUACUUUAUCCUUAAAAUGACCUCGGUGUUUGAUGGACGCAAGAACCAACUUCUGUUCCUUAUCAACAACUACGACAUGAUUCUGUCGGUUUUGGCGGAACGGGUUCGAAAUGAUUGCCAGGAGUCUGAUAGUUUCAAGGAUUUGUUGGCUACGCGCACUUCCGAAUUCGUGGAGCUUAUCUUGGAGUCCAAUUUCGGUGAGCUGCUCCGCUUCAUUAAACGAGUCGAGCCCGUGAUUCAACAGGACGAUGAUGAUGAUGAUGCGAUUGUGACCCGCGAGGGAGCCAAGGUGGCCUCCAUUCUGAAGGACUUUAACGUCCGAUGGAAGAAGGCAUUGGAUGGGAUCAAUAGCGAGAUCUUGGGCUCGUUUCCGAACUUCAAGAACGGAACCUCGAUCCUGCAACAGACCUUGACCCAGUUCGUGCAGUAUUAUCAUCGCUUCUACAAGAUCAUGUCGCACCCGCAAUUCAGCUCUCAUCCCGAACGCUCCCAGUUGAUCAAUGUCCACCAACUCAUGGUCGAGGUCAAGAAGUUUAAAUCGAAUUUCUAAACCCGGUCAACGAGGUAAUCGUGGCAAAUAAACAAGAGUUCCAGUGAAAACUGGAAUACAAACCUA